AUGGCGCCCAACCCACAGACCUCAGCUCUGCACAUAAUUGAGAGGGAAACUAAACGCCGAUACGACCGCAUCUUCGGUGCCCUCUGGGAGAAGCUGGUGGCCCUGAUGCAGUCCCCCCAAAAGGGAUUCCCACCUGGCAACAUGAGGCAGGGUCCACAGCAUGGAAGCACAAGGGGAGAUAGGGCGCACCCCCGGAACCCCACCCGCAAGAAGGGUAACCCAGUAACCUGGAACUGUACAAAGGCCACUCACAGCCCGCACAAAACAACUGAAACACAAGAGACACUCAAGGCACAGCUCCAAAGGCGGCCUUACAGAUGUGCAGAGACCCGACCUAAACUCCAGAGGGGCCCAGACUGGACGAGAGGACAGCAGAAGGAAAAGCAAAAAAUGGCUGCCAUGAAACUUCCAUACCGGGAAGGCAAUGACAGUUGA